CCGCUGGGGCGAGGAUGCUGCCGUUUAGAGAAGUUGGCUCCGUCUGCGUGGACACGUACGUCCACGUUCAUCAUUUUGAAGCCUCGGCAGCCGGGGGGCCGGCGAGGCGAAGGUUCUCAACCCCAUUUUACAGCUGUGAGGACUCGUCAGGCUGCGAAGUGACUUGACAGUUCUCCGCACACAAGUGGUGGAGCUCACUGCAUUUACCGAACAAAGGGAAAGCUCUUUCCAUCUUUGUUGAAUUCUCUCGUGCAUCCUGAUUUAUGUCACCUCUGCUCGAAAACCUUUCGAUGGCUCCACGACCUACAGAAUAAAGUUCGGAUUGGGCCUCUCCACACGAUUUGCUCCCCUGUGUACAUUUCCAGCUUAUUUCCCACGGACACCCCCCCCCAUCGCCAAUCUCCCCCCUUUCUUGGCUCUAUCUCUGUUUUCUGUAGAUAGCCUUCACCUUUCUGUUUACUCUGUUGGGGUUCCCAUGCCUGAAGUCCUGCAGCGAGUCUAGAUCCAUUGCAAAGUGUCAGGUCAACCAGGCAGGAGCAGACUAUUCUUUUCGCUGGACUUCUCUCACCUCUUGUAAAUGGGCCAUGGUACUUUACCCUGGGCUUGCUACUGAAAGAUUUCUGUUCCCUUUUCCUUCACCUUUUAUGUCUUUCACAUGUCCUGCUUUCAGCCAACACUGGAUUACUCAUUUAUUUGUAAAUGUCCUAACUGGAUUGUCAGCAACUUGAGAAAUGGGCCCAAAUCUGAUGAAUCCUUGUGGUCCCCAAAGUGCCAGUCAGACGUGCACAGUGGGCAGUCCACAAAUGUCAAAAAGUAAAAUGAAGUACAUUCUAGUUACUGGUGGUGUUAUAUCAGGAAUUGGUAAAGGAAUCAUCGCCAGCAGUGUGGGCACCAUACUGAAGUCAUGUGGUUUACAUGUAACUUCAAUUAAAAUUGAUCCAUACAUUAACAUUGAUGCAGGGACAUUCUCUCCAUAUGAACAUGGCGAGGUUUUUGUGCUGGACGAUGGAGGGGAAGUUGACCUCGACUUGGGCAACUACGAGCGGUUCUUGGACAUUCGCCUCACCAAAGACAAUAAUCUCACCACUGGGAAGAUAUACCAGUAUGUCAUUAACAAGGAACGCAAAGGAGAUUACUUGGGGAAAACCGUCCAAGUUGUCCCUCAUAUCACAGAUGCAAUCCAGGAGUGGGUGAUGAGACAGGCAUUGAUACCUGUUGAUGAAGAUGGCUUAGAACCUCAAGUGUGUGUUAUCGAGCUCGGUGGAACAGUGGGAGAUAUAGAAAGCAUGCCCUUUAUCGAGGCCUUCCGUCAAUUCCAAUUCAAGGUCAAAAGAGAGAACUUCUGUAAUAUUCACGUCAGUCUAGUUCCUCAGCCAAGUUCCACAGGGGAACAGAAGACUAAGCCCACCCAGAACAGUGUUCGGGAACUCAGGGGGCUCGGCCUUUCCCCGGAUCUGGUUGUUUGCAGGUGCUCAAAUCCUCUCGACACGGCAGUGAAAGAGAAAAUAUCUAUGUUCUGCCACGUCGAACCUGAACAGGUGAUCUGUGUCCAUGAUGUCUCGUCCAUCUACCGAGUCCCCUUGUUGUUAGAGGAACAGGGGGUUGUGGAUUAUUUUCUUCGAAGACUUGAUCUUCCUAUUGAGAGGCAGUCACGAAAAAUGCUGAUGAAAUGGAAGGAGAUGGCUGACAGAUACGAUCGCUUGCUGGAGACUUGCUCUAUUGCCCUUGUGGGCAAAUAUACCAAAUUCUCAGACUCUUACGCGUCUGUCAUUAAAGCUUUGGAGCAUUCUGCACUGGCCAUCAACCACAAAUUGGAAAUCAAGUACAUAGACUCCACGGACCUGGAGCCUAGCACCUUGCAGGAGGAGCCUGUGCGCUACCAUGAAGCCUGGCAGAAGCUCUGUAGCGCCAAUGGAGUGCUGGUUCCGGGGGGAUUUGGUGUUCGAGGAACAGAAGGCAAAAUCCAAGCAAUCGCCUGGGCUCGGAAACAGAAGAAGCCUUUUUUGGGUGUGUGCUUAGGAAUGCAGUUGGCGGUGGUUGAAUUUUCAAGAAAUGUGCUUGGAUGGCAAGAUGCCAAUUCUACGGAGUUUGAUCCUAAGACCAAUCAUCCUGUGGUCAUCGACAUGCCAGAACACAAUCCUGGGCAGAUGGGCGGAACCAUGAGACUGGGCAAGAGGAGAACGCUGUUCCAGACCAAGAACUCAGUCAUGAGGAAACUCUACGGAGAUCCGGAUUACCUAGAGGAGAGGCAUCGCCACAGAUUUGAGGUGAAUCCAGUCUUGAAAAAGUGUUUGGAAGAACAAGGUUUGAAAUUUGUUGGCCAAGAUGUUGAAGGAGAAAGAAUGGAAAUUGUGGAGCUGGAAGAUCAUCCCUUUUUUGUGGGAGUUCAGUACCACCCUGAGUUCCUGUCCAGACCUAUCAAGCCUUCCCCACCGUACUUUGGCCUCCUUCUGGCCUCUGUGGGGAGGCUCCCGCAUUACCUCCAGAAAGGCUGCAGGCUCUCGCCCAGGGAUACCUAUAGUGACAGGAGUGGAAGCAGCUCCCCUGACUCUGAAAUCACUGAAUUGAAGUUUCCAUCCAUAAAUCAUGACUGAUGAUAACGGCUGAUGCAUCAAGAAACCUUCAGACUUUGGUGGAGUUUACAGCUUUGAUUUUACACUCAGCUUUUGACACUUCCUUUAAAUUAUGUUUUUAUUAAGAUUAUUUUAUUAUGGGGAAAGGUAUUUGGAAGCCUUUGACGUGCAUGUCGCAUCAUGUGUAUCGGCUCCUACACUGUGCUGCCUGGUGUUGACUCCUUUGUGGUCGGUAAGCCUUCCAGACGAGAAGCAGGACAUCCGGGCGGGAGUAGAUGCCAGACGUGGCUGGUGGAGGCUCCUGUUUCUACAACUACCUCGCAUCGUUGUGGAUUCGAGUGCUAGCCCAUUGCUUCCUCUUGGAGGCCUAGACCAUUAUAAAAAGUGCACGCGGAAGGAUUUUUAGCUAGCGCUUGUAACACUUUGGUACUGGUGGCUGGAGGGCACUGCUUGCACCAAGAGCGGUGAGAUGAGAGACCAAGCCUUAGCACUGCCCAGUGCGGUGGGGACUCUCCCUGCCAACUGUGGCUGGUAGUCAUUGUCUAAAGGGACAGUCAGCCUGUUGUUACAUGAAACAGCAAGAAGUCCGUGUCUCUCUGAAGUGUGGUUUUAGAACCCCUGUCCUCUGGCCAUGCUUCUCUUCUGGGGCUGGGAAACACUCCUUGCAUCAAGGGGUUGCUUAAAAAAGAACGCAGAAUCUUUUGGGGAAACUGCCUCUAAAACCCUCUCAUAUAGAAACAGCUUUGGCUUGAGGGGACUUUUCCUUCCAGGAUGGUGUUACUGCAGUCAACAUGUGCUAUGAAAAGCUAUUUUCUUAAUAUGACAUACCAAUAGGCACCGCUCUGUGCCUGCUGAAUUCUGGCUGGACUCAGUGUAUACUCUAACUUAAAUAAAUAAUGCAGAACAAGACACACGCUUUGUUUGCAGUGCUGUUUACUUGGUGGCAGCUGGACACGUUCUGAGUGCAGGUGAGAAAGCUUUUCAAUAGGAACUGGAAUUUCUCAGCUUCAAUUUUAAAUCCUCAGUUUAUAUGUAAAGGUAGAGAUUCAAAGAAGCACAGGUGCUGAGUGUGCUGCUGCCUCUUGAGAAAGGGGGGAGGUAGAGGUUUUUGUGAAGGUGGGCCUUCCUCCUGCCGGGUGUGGACCUGGACAGCUCUUGAACGAGACCAGAAAGCAGCUAACCAGAGACUGCGGCCAGUAGGCCUACCUCAUACCCCACAGGCUGCCCGGCUUCCAGUCUCAGUCCCGACCAGGAGCUCAAGGUCAUUCCUGAGUUUUCCUUCCAAAGUGACAUUAACAACAGUGAAUCCAUGCUGCUUGUGGCGUGUUGGACAUUGGCACCAUGCCAGCUUCUGAGCUGGCUGCUGUGCAAAAUGAGUCUGAGGCAGACACUUAGGGCUCAGGCAGGGUUGCUUGUCAGUGGUCACAGCCUUGUCUACUGACAUUUGAGAAAAGUGGGGGUGUGGGGAGAAAAUGUUUCUCACCAUUGGCCCGGCUCCCACAUCAGAGAUCCAGAAAAGUGGGUUCCCUUUAUCGCAUACUGACUGAAAUAAAAUGUCUUCACUUAGAAUGUGGCUUGGUACUUUGAAUGCAGCUAAUCUGGGUGUGG